AUUGUAGACCGGAACUAAGGCAGGGUCUACAAUGACAAUUUAAGGCAUAAGCCUUAAGAAAUUGACCAAUCACAGUCGAAUUAUAGAAGAAAAAUCAAUUAUGAUUGGUCAGCUUUUUAAAACUUACACCUUAAAUUCUCACCGUAGACCCCUCUUUACGAGAUAAAAAUAGUAUUAAACAACUAACUUUAGCGGCGAAUUAAUAAGUUUUUAAUCGCCCGCUCAUCGUCGUGGCCUCCGAUUCUCUCCGGAUUCGUUUCCGCCGCGACGGACUCGUGCGUUUGACACACACGGUAUUACCUCUCAUUUCGCCUCGUGGACUUUGUCUUCACGCCGACCGGGUGUACAAAAAAAGGGGGCGUAGAUAAACGCUUUCAGUCGGCGUUUCAUUUCGAUCGGGCGCGCCAAAAAAAACACACAUCGUGUGAUGUGAAAGUAUUCCUUUUUUUUUCCUGGUUUUUUUCAUAAACACACCGUUACACCGCGUGCGCCAUCAGCCGCGUAUGCUUUUGUCACCCCUCCUUCUAUAGCAGGUAUCCCCCUCCUCACUCCCGGCACCCUCUCAUUUACUACUUCCUCCCUUUUGGUUGAACACGACAAUGGAAUAUUCCACUGGGUACCUAUUCCAUCUGCUCUCUGCACUCAGAGGGGAGAUCUCUCCCAUCCCCCCUCCCUUUCCUUCUGUCCCCCCUCACCCCUCUUUAUCGUUAUAGCUUCUCCCGUUUUGAUUCUUUGUGAGGCAGGAGCGUAAGCAGCGUUGUGUUCAUCGAGAAAACUCGGCGACCCGAGUGUGUGCGUGCACAGUCGUUGUUCGGGUUUUCAAAAAAAAAAAAUAGCGAUCAAGGUGCGAAUGAAAAUAUACCCGAGACCUUUGACGGAACGCUUAGAUAAAACUGAAUUCAGUUUCGUGGAUUCGUGAGAAACCUUGGCUGAUCUUUGUGUUGAGACGCCGCUUCUUGCCGCGUCGAGAUUUUUCACGGAACGCUCGAUUUUUCACGAGAAUCUCUAAGCAACGUUCGCAGAACAGUUUGAAUCAGUUUUUAUAUUUAAAAUUGUCUUAAAUAUAUUUUGAGAAACUUCUUAGCCGAUAAAACGAUCGGUACGAAUGCUGUACAGAUUAUUUUACUGGCUGUAGAAAUAUUUAAAGGUAUGUUUAACAUGGUUUUUAAGUAUAAGAACGGGUUGUGAGCAAGUUUUCGAUGCAGUUUAGAAUGUGGCCAAUGAAAAACUUAUCGAGUUGUUCGUAUAAGAUCGCAGGGAUUCUGACUAAAUCGACGAAGAAUAUUACGAGUUAGCCGCCUAUAAACGAAAUCAUGAAUUCUCUGAGAUGACAAAAGACCCUCACCGGCCGGUCGCGCGCGUAGAUACGCUCCUGCACGGUUUCCCUCGGUCUCUCCGUCUCCGCCCGUGUCGACGCGCGACGCGUCAGUCCGCUAUAGCGUCGGCCAAUCGGCUCGUCCGCGCUUCCUGCUCUCUUUCUCUCUCUCUCUCUCUCUCUUCGUGGCCAGGAGGAAGGGUGAAAAAGUGAUCUAGGUAGGCUGUACUGCGGUGAGGCUCGAAACGUAACUAGGCGGACGGAAAACUAGUAGACUAGUGUUCGUGGACGGAACGUGAAACUGUAUAUCGGACGAAACUGAGGACACGAGGAGAGAGGUGAAAAGUGCGGCCGAUCGAAGAUAAUAAGUCCGAGAAGGAGAGUCCUUGUGCUAUCGUCCUGGCAAGCGUGUCGCGAAUAACAGCCGAGAUGAGUGUGCACGUCGCCGAGAAGAAGGGCAACUGCGCGCUGAAAGGCGGCAACGGGUCACUGAUCGCGACCAUCGAGAACGAGGACGGCGACUGGCAAAAUGGACAGAAUCUCCUGGUGGUCACGCAGGAGGCCCCACCGGGCAAGGAGAUGAUGGGCUUCGCCGACAAUCAGAGCAUCAACGUGGCCAUCGACACUUACUGGUUACUGGAACUCGCACACAGAGAAUACCAGGCGGGGGAUUACGAGAAUGCCGAGAGACACUGCAUGCAGUUGUGGCGGCAAGAGACGAACAAUACCGGCGUUCUGCUUCUGUUGUCCUCCAUACACUUUCAGUGUCGCAGGCUGGAUAAAUCGGCGCAUUAUAGCAGCCUGGCGAUAAAGCAAAACCCAUUGCUGGCGGAGGCCUACAGCAAUUUAGGCAAUGUUUACAAAGAGCGCGGUCAGCUGCCGGAGGCAUUGGAGAACUAUCGUCACGCGGUACGGCUGAAGCCCGACUUCAUCGACGGCUACAUCAACCUGGCAGCGGCGCUCGUGGCAGCCGGUGACAUGGAACAGGCCGUUCAAGCAUAUGUCACAGCACUGCAGUACAACCCCGACCUUUAUUGCGUGCGGAGCGAUCUCGGUAAUCUUUUGAAAGCAUUAGCAAGACUUGACGAAGCCAAGGCCUGCUAUUUGAAGGCGAUCGAGACACGGCCGGACUUUGCCGUCGCCUGGAGCAACCUCGGAUGCGUGUUCAACGCACAGGGGGAGAUAUGGCUGGCGAUACACCACUUCGAGAAAGCGGUCGCCCUGGACCCGAAUUUCCUCGACGCCUACAUCAAUCUCGGCAACGUACUGAAGGAAGCUCGUAUCUUCGACAGAGCUGUAGCGGCUUACCUGCGUGCAUUGAAUCUCAGCCCCAACAAUGCGGUCGUCCACGGAAAUUUGGCGUGCGUUUAUUACGAGCAAGGGCUUAUCGACUUGGCUAUCGACACAUAUCGACGUGCUAUCGAGCUACAGCCCAACUUCCCGGAUGCAUACUGCAAUUUGGCGAACGCUCUCAAAGAAAAGGGCCAAGUGGUUGAAGCGGAAGAAUGUUACAAUACCGCCCUCCGACUCUGCCCUACACAUGCCGAUUCUCUCAAUAACUUGGCCAACAUAAAACGCGAGCAAGGCUUCAUCGAGGAGGCAACUCGUCUGUAUCUUAAGGCUCUGGAGGUAUUUCCGGAAUUCGCGGCCGCCCACAGCAAUCUCGCCUCUGUUCUGCAACAACAGGGCAAGCUGAACGAGGCGCUGAUGCAUUAUAAAGAGGCAAUUCGCAUACAGCCGACUUUCGCCGACGCUUACUCAAAUAUGGGCAAUACGUUGAAAGAAAUGCAGGACAUCCAAGGCGCUUUGCAGUGCUACACGAGAGCGAUACAGAUCAAUCCGGCGUUCGCCGACGCUCAUUCCAAUUUGGCAUCGAUCCACAAGGAUUCCGGCAACAUUCCCGAAGCGAUUCAGUCCUACCGAACCGCGCUCAAGCUGAAGCCGGACUUUCCGGACGCCUAUUGCAAUCUGGCGCAUUGUCUGCAGAUAGUGUGCGACUGGACCGACUACGAGGCAAGAAUGAAGAAGCUGGUGUCCAUAGUUGCCGAACAGCUGGACAAGAAUAGGCUGCCUAGCGUGCAUCCGCAUCAUUCCAUGCUCUAUCCGUUGUCGCACGAAUUCAGGAAGGCGAUCGCCGCCAGGCACGCAAAUCUCUGCAUCGAGAAGAUCCACGUUCUUCACAAACAACCGUACAAGUAUCCACGAGCGAUCAGCGCACGGCUAAAGAUCGGUUACGUCUCGUCCGAUUUCGGCAAUCACCCGACCAGCCACCUGAUGCAAUCGAUCCCCGGUCUGCACGAUCGCGAGAAAGUCGAGAUAUUCUGCUACGCCCUCAGCAGCGACGACGGCACGACCUUCCGCGCAAAGAUCGCGCGCGAGGCGGAGCACUUCGUCGACCUGUCGCAGGUCGCGUGCAACGGCAAAGCCGCCGACCGCAUCAACGCGGAUGGCAUCCACAUUCUCGUGAAUAUGAACGGCUACACGAAGGGCGCCAGAAACGAGAUAUUCGCGCUCAGACCAGCCCCGGUGCAGGUCAUGUGGCUGGGUUAUCCCGGCACCUCCGGCGCCAGUUUCAUGGAUUAUCUCAUCACGGACGAGGUCACAUCGCCGUUGGAACUCGCCAGUCAGUACAGCGAGAAGCUCGCUUACAUGCCGCACACCUACUUCAUCGGGGACCACAAGCAAAUGUUCCCUCAUCUCAAGGAACGUUUGAUCCUGACGGACAAGUUGAACCAGAAAGGCAAGGUGGCGGACAACGUGGCAGUGAUCAAUGCCACCGAUCUGUCCCCGAUGAUUGAGAACACCCUGGUGAAGGAAAUACGCGAGGUCGUCGUGCCGGACGCCAAGAACAAACCGGUCGAGAUCUCUUUGAAGGUCGCGGAGUUACCGACCACCACUCCGAUCGAGACGAUGAUCGCUUCCGGGCAGUGUCAAAUGUCCGUGAACGGCGUCGUCGUGCAAAACGGCAUGGCCACCACCCAGGUGAACAACAAGACCGCUACCGGCGAAGAGGUGCCGCAGAAUAUCGUCAUUACGACCAGGCAGCAGUACGGUUUGCCCGAGGACGCCGUUGUGUACUGCAACUUCAAUCAGUUGUACAAGAUCGACCCGCUCACUCUUCACAUGUGGGCACAUAUUUUGAAACAUGUGCCAAACUCCGUGCUGUGGUUACUUCGUUUCCCGGCGGUCGGCGAGCCGAAUCUCCAGGCGACCGCGCAGCAACUGGGUCUCGUACCCGGGAGGAUCCUGUUCAGCAACGUCGCCGCCAAGGAGGAACACGUUAGACGAGGCCAAUUGGCUGACGUAUGUUUAGACACGCCGCUCUGCAACGGACAUACGACCAGUAUGGACGUGUUGUGGACCGGCACGCCGGUGGUCACACUGCCAGGCGAGACUUUGGCCUCUCGCGUCGCCGCUAGUCAAUUGAAUACGCUCGGCUGUCCCGAACUGGUGGCGCGUACGCGCCAAGAGUACCAGGAGAUCGCGAUCAGGCUCGGCACCGAUAGAGAAUACUUAAAAGCCACCCGAGCCAAGGUAUGGAAGGCCCGAUCGGACAGUCCGCUAUUCAAUUGCAAGUUAUACGCGAUGGGUAUGGAGCUGCUGUACACGAAGAUGUGGGAGCGUUACUCGCACGGGGAAAGCCCCGACCACGUGUCGGCCGUCGACAAGAACGACAGCCAGAUGUCGUCGGGCAUGUCCUAAACGGCUUUUACUUUUACGACACGCCUCACGAUCACUUCACUCAGCUUCGACUCUCUGCGAUUAACGAUUUCUCUCCCCCGAAAACUUGAGCAUUUACAAGCAAUCAUGGGUAAUAUAUCUUACUCCCGCACUCGAGGACCUCGUAUUAAAUUUUCCGUAUCACCGCCAACUGCUGUUUUUUUACGAUAAAUUCAUGGAGUUUAGAAUAGACAGUAGACGUUAAUAUAUACCGCAAUAUACAAGUCCGAAUACGCGCGAAACGUUAAAGAAAAAGUCGCGGGUUAAUUUUUUGCGCACGAUAAUCCGAACAGUGCUCUCCUCUAUUGUUCUUGUGACGUGUGAUUGUUUUUCUUUUUAUUUUUUUUUUUCAACGUGAUAUUUUCUCUUCCUUCUUUUAAACAUUUAUUUCUUCCGAUCGAGUCGAAUUUUUAGCGAAAAGCUUGAAAGAAGAAUAUGGAGACACGCACGAUCUUAUCCGGGAACACGAGAAAUUUAGACAAGGCUUUGGAAAGUUCAAGAACGCAAAGACAAUAGUGGGGAGGAGGUUCGAAUGAUGUUGAUUGAAUUGUACAGGGAGAACGAUAUGUUCCGUUUUUCUUUAAAUUCCCGCAGAUGGUUGUUGCUUUUUCGCAGAAAUGUGAUCUCAUAUUGUAUCUGUGGAACGAAGUUUACUUGUCGAUAGAUUCUCGUAUAUCUUUUCGAGAAACGAAGGAGGAGGGAGGCUCCGAUGCUCCAAAAACACUAUGAAUUUUCGAGUGCUAGAAAACUCGAGGAUGAAAAGAAAUUCGAGAAAUUUGAAGAAAAAUAAAAACAGAGAUGUACGCAAUUAUAUUUUAUGCGAGAAUUUCUUUUUCCGUAGGAUUUAAUUUCACGCGAAAUUCGCCGUAAGUUUAAUUUUUUUUUUUUGCGAUUGAGAGUCCAUUGUACAUUUUGCUUGUUAUUUCACUCGUAUCGAUUUGACGAAAAAAAAAAA